AUGUCCUGGUUCCGUCCUCCGCCGCCGCACACUCAGCUCAGACCAUGGGUUCCGGAUGCGAUCUUCAUCCCGAUCUCUCGCGCCGUUGAGCGUGUGGGAGUGUUCUUCUACAACCGGUUCGUCUUUCUUCAACUUGAAAUUUUUUUAAAAUGGUUUUUUACCGAAAAAACUAUCAGCAGCGAUCGAGCGCCAAUGCGCGCUGUCAAAGUAUUGAUUUUCGAUCGGUAGUUGGUGGUAAUUUCCACGUGUGCGCUUCAAGAAAUACCCCGAAAUAAACGGCAAAUGAAGAAAAUAAUUAGACAAAUAACUGCCGAAACGGAAUUCCACGGAUCUUCCGAAAAUUGCUCAAUUUCCAUCUUUCAGUGUGUUGAACAAGACCGAAGUCGGAUUGUUCGACAAGAGAUGGAACAAGAACGUCCACGGACCGUACUGCCACUGGAGAUACUAUGGAAAGCGUAAGUUCCGCAAAUCCGUGAAGAUAAAGUUAAAAACGCUAUUUUUUCAGUCGACACCAAGUUCUUGGAUGUGAAGCUCGGAGAUCUGCCAGCGUGGAUCGCUCGCCGUGAGAAGACGCCAUCGGCCUUCUACAACGAGUUCAUGCGCAACAUCUGGAGAGUCCACAACCUCUACUACUCGGGACCGGUCUACAACAACACCGUAAGCUGCAAAAACUUCUGAAAAAUGCUAAAUUUCUCGUGCUUCUUUCAGGUCAAGGUCAUCUUCCGCUUCAUCUUCGCAUACUCGUUCCUCAACUGGCUCGUCAAGUCGCACCGUUACCUUGACUUCCAGAAGACCAUGUACCAUUGGUAG